AUGAGUUCCGAAAAAUUCGAGUCUUUUUCUGACUCUUCGGACGAUGAAAACAACUUUUACCUUCCUUCAUACGAUCGUAAGGCUUCGCCUUCACAGCAGGAUUAUCUAGGCGCGAUGCGAGGAGAAUUUAUUCCGAAGAACCUUGAAGAUCUCAGAAUGAUGUGUUGCAUAAUCCACGGGUUGCGCUAUAACGAAGUAUUCGCUGAAUCUGAGUCAAUGAAGGAGAUCUGUGCUAAGAGCACCAACAAAAUCCUCGCCCGUGCCAGGAACGCACGCUUGAUAAUGAGCGAUAAAAUUCCGCUCAUGAGAGAUGACGAGGAAAAGCCUUACUGUAUUUGGCAUCCACAGGUAGCAAGCGUUGAUACAUAUCGUGAGUUGGUCCAUAAGUAUCCUGAUAUGAAGUAUCAUGUUGGUCGAGCGUGUGCUGUUGGAGGAUAUAGCGACUUGUAUCGCGAACUAGACUUGCUCCCGGACAUUUCUAUUGCUGAGGAAGCAAGAGACAACUUGACAGUUGUCGGCUCGAAGGAGAUAUUCGAUCUUAUCAUGUGCCAACCGACAUACUAUGCCGCCAUGGAUGAUUAUACGCGCUCGGUAAAUUGGAAAGCUCCACGAAAAGCAAUAGGUUUAAAUGGCGACACAGCAGUACUCUCGUCUUUAAGUGUGACGGUUGAAUUCAUGAAAGAGUUCCAGAGAACUCGUUCGCAUUAUUUCAACAUUACGGAGGAUCAUUGCAUCAGCGAGACCUCUUCUGUUCAAGCCCACAGUCGUCCUCUAGCUCCUGAGCACGUGUCUCUGCUCUACAAUCCUCUUCCGCUCCAUCUUCCGACCACCAACAAGGAUGCUCUGAUUCUUUAUGCUGCUUAUGAAGGCAAUAUCGAUCGAUACACACGUCUACGACGUCCUGUCAUGAUCCCACAAGAAAACGAGGCCAUAGUUCGUGGUAUUUAUCACCACACAGCUUUUGCACGAUGGUGUUCUCAUCAACCAAACGUAGCCCAUAGCCCUCAUCUUUAUGACAUCAGAACGGCCGUUCUAGCCCGCUUCAUAAUGGUGAACGAUAUAUCGCGUAUUACCGAUCAAAGCACUGCCACCACAGAUACUAUCAUAGGCGCAGAAUAUUGGCCUGAACCUUUUUUGAUUUGGUGGCCGCUUAUUCCGCUAGAGUUAACACUCCGUGAGAUAGUGCGCCGACGUCCGAGCAUGCUUCGCCAGGUUGCCAUGGCAUGUAUAGCUGCAGACUAUUUUCAGCUGUGGAGUGAGCUUAGACCAGAGCCGGAUCCAAUACUUUGGGAACAAGCAACCAACAUGGGAACUUUAAGCGAAAGAUGUCAGAACUACUAUUCUGAAGAUCUAGAACGCCGAGCAGCCGAGAAGAAUAUCAAUCUGCUUGCGUACGCUCCAGAACGCGACGAUGGCUUCGAGUGUACAAGGGUAGACAAGGAGCCAACUGAAAACUUUCUGACGCCGGAUAUCUGCGCUGAUGACAACUUCCAGAGAGAUUGGAUGACGUAUCGUAGCAUCUACCCUGGAUCCCAGGUGAGUGCGGCUCAAUGGGACUUAUGUAUUGCGGUGAGCGAAGAUCUCAGAGAACGAGUGCGGAAAAAUAAUGCGGAUGAUCGACUGGAUGAUAACUGCGGUUGGCCUUAUUCAAUUUGGAAUGUGUGGGGUGAAUGA